UGUAGUUUUGUAGCGAAAUCGAUCGCUAAAUUAUUGUUUAUUUUAAAUUAAAAAAAUUUUUUCAUUUGCAUUCUAAAAUGGACGAUUUUGCCGAAAAAAAACUUCAAGUUAAAUUUGUGACGAAACAAUUGAAAUAUGCCAUACCCGAUGUGCCGAUUUCACUACCUGAAAAUGUGAGCACCAAGGAAUUGAACAACCUCAUCAAUCAACUCCUUUUUCCUGAUCAAUCAGCAGAUGUUUACGUAAAUUUUGAUUUUUUGAUAAAUGAUGAGCUUUUGCGACAGAGUCUCAUCGAGCAUGUCACUGAGAAGGAGAUUCAAAUUGAAGAUACGAUAGUCAUCGAGUACGUUGACAAGCUGCCAGCACCGAGCGUUGGAGAAUGCUUGAUGCAUAAUGAUUGGAUAGCUGCAGUCAAGGCCCACCAUGAUAAUCUGAUAUUGACAGGAUGUUAUGAUGGGAGCAUAGGAUUAUGGAGAACUAGUGGAGAGAUGUUGAUGAUGGUGAGAGGGCACGAGGCCGCAGUCAAAUCAGUUGCCUGGUUGCAAGAUGUUGGCCAAGAAAAAAGAUUUGUGUCUGGAUCAGAUGAUGGAACUUGCGUCAUGUGGUCACUCAACAUCCACAACAUAAACAACAACAAUAAUAACAAUAGUAAUAACAACAACAAUAAUAAUAAUGUCUUAAAUUGCGGUUUUCUGAAAAAACUUCACACGUGUCCAAUGCCAGAGUUGAGUCCUGAUUCUGCGAAUGCUACCAAACCACAAAAUGUUCAGUGUGUUGCUGCUAAUUCUGAUAAGACUCUGUUUGCAAGUGGUUCUUGGGACUGUGUUGUCAACAUUUGGUCUGCCAUCCCAAAUUUGGGUGAGAGUCAAACUAACGUGCAGCUGAUUGAUGAUGGGAGGAAGAAACGAAGAGUGGAUUGCCAAUCAGUUGAGGCCUCGAUUAGGCUACCAGUCCAAACAUUCGAGGGUCCAGAAGUGGGUCACAAAGGUCAGGUGACCAGCGUUGAUUGGUUGGAUAGUUCAAAAGUCUGCAGCUCAUCUUGGGACCAUUCAAUCAAACUGUGGGACGUUCACGCCGGCCGGAUGACGUCAUCAAUCGUGGGAAGCAAAGUAUUUUUCGACCUGUCCUACUCGCCGCUGAAUAACCUCAUAGUGGCUGCCUCCGCCGACAGGCAUGUCAGAUUGUACGACCCCAGAAUCACUUCUGGUUCAGUGGUAAAGAACACGUUCACAUCGCACACUGGUUGGGUGUCGUCUGUUCAUUGGUCGCCUGAGCAGGAGCACCUCUUUAUGUCCGGGGCCUACGAUUGCGUCACUAAACUCUGGGACAUCAGGAGUCCCAAGGCAUCGCUGUACGACAUGCGAGGUCACGAGGACAAAAUACUUUGCUGUGAUUGGUCGAUUGCAAAUGACCUAAUUAGUGGAGGGGCCGAUAAACAGUUAAAGAUAUUUCAUAAGAAUAAUGACCGAUUGGCUGAUUGAUUGAUUUGUUUAUUGGUUGAUUAAUAUUGAUUGAUUGAUAGGCUGAUUGAUUUGCCAGCUGAUUGGUUGGUUGAUCGGUUGGCUGGUUGGUCAUUUUGCAGUCUAGUUAAUGGGUGUUAAAUUGAUAAUUGUAAUGAAUGAUUAAUAAUACAAUUGACGAAGUCUUCCUGUUGGAACGAUGAUGAUGGCGAUGAUGAUAUUGAUGAUGGCGAUUUUAGAUAUAUAUUUGAUACUACAACGUACCAAACUGAACAAACGUCAUUGUAAAUAACUUUGAAACACCUGUUAUGAGUGUGCCUUGUUCGUUUUGUGUGGCUCUGUAAAUAUUUAACAGUAAUAAUAAUAAUUAAUAAUAAUUGUGAUAACAAUAAAAUGAUACAACUAUU